UGCAGGUUGGUUUUAAAAGCCACAAUAUUUCGGAAACCCUGAAUAAAACCCGGCCCGGAAGAGCUGGACCAUUACCAGCACCGUUAUGUCCACCGCUUCCGUUUGCAAGAUCAUUGCUAGCAUUCGCUGAAGCAUUAACUGACCAAAACAAAGCGAACUUUCAUUUUCUCUUUUGUUGAAAAGAACAAUGGCUUCGGAGGAGUCAAAGCCCCUAGAAGGAGAGGCUUCAUCGUCGUCUUUGUCCUCCGAUAGCUGGAAGGAGCGCAUCUUCAUCCCUACUCUCCUGGCAGGGAUUGUUGGCGGAGGAGCUGGGUUGAUGUCGAGGCAUCGGAAAGUUCACGGUCUCAAAAACAUAUCUGCUACUUAUGCUACUAAUCUCGCCAUUGUCACCGGUUGCUAUUGCGGAGCACGUGAGUUUGUGAGAGCAACUCGGAAAACUGGACCUGAUGAUCUAUUGAACUCUGCAAUUGCGGGCUUCGGUACUGGUGCUCUGCUUGGGCGUAUUCAAGGUGGUCAUUUAGGUGCUUACCGUUACUCGAUCAUCUUUGCUAUUGCUGGGACAGCAGCGGAUUUUGCAACGCUUAGACUAAGCCCUCUCGUGAGAAGUUACUGUGAAUCUAUAUUUGGGAAUAACGGGAGUUCACAGAAGGGUGAUUGGUUGAAAUUGCCAGAGUGGUCCCCUAUCCGAGUGCUUGAUGAGGAAGCUGUUGCUGCAAAACAAGCCCGGGAACAACAGCUCUAUGCACAAAGGGUGGAACUCGGCAAAUUGAGCAAAGAAGAAUCUUGAGAACAUCUUGUUUUUUGUGCUUGUUUCUCCAGCUCAUUGGAAAUGGCGUCAGUAGACAGUUUUGACGAAGUUGGUUUGUUUAUCUCAGCAAUUUCCCAUUCAAUUGAUGAUCUUGCAGCAAGUCCUAUCUAAAUUUGUCCUAGUAAUGUUCUUGGAAUGCAAAGGAGAUCAUCAGAUGUGUAUACUAAAACAAUUCAGAAAAUUUCCUGGCAAAUAAAUGGUCGAAAUAAUUUUUUCUCA